UUGGCUGGGCGUCGGAGGGGUCCCAGGGCCGGGACGGGAGGAGGCUGCCGGACCAAGUAGCCCGGCCGGAGUGGGCCGAGCGGGGUUCGUGCGCUACCCGCGCGGGGACAGCAGCCGAGCCGCGGGCGCCGACGCCAUGCGCUGGGUUAGGGCGCUGCUGAAGAACGCGUCCCUGGCAGGGGCGCCCAAGUACAUCGAGCACUUCAGCAAGUUCUCCCCGUCCCCCCUGUCUAUGAAGCAGUUUCUGGACUUUGGCUCCAGCAAUGCCUGCGAGAAGACUUCCUUCACCUUCCUCCGGCAGGAGCUGCCUGUGCGCCUGGCCAACAUCAUGAAAGAGAUCAACCUGCUUCCUGACCGGGUGCUCAGCACGCCCUCGGUGCAGCUGGUACAGAGCUGGUACGUGCAGAGUCUGCUGGACAUCAUGGAGUUCCUGGACAAGGACCCUGAGGACCACCGCACCCUGAGUCAGUUCACAGAGGCCCUGGUCACCAUCCGGAACAGGCACAACGAUGUGGUGCCCACCAUGGCCCAGGGCGUGCUGGAGUACAAGGACACCUACGGUGACGACCCUGUCUCCAACCAGAACAUCCAGUACUUCCUGGACCGCUUCUACCUUAGCCGCAUCUCCAUCCGCAUGCUCAUCAACCAGCACACCCUCAUUUUUGAAGGCAGCACAAACCCGGCCCACCCCAAGCACAUCGGCAGCAUCGACCCCAACUGCAACGUGUCCGAGGUGGUGAAAGAUGCCUAUGACAUGGCCAAGCUCCUGUGUGACAAGUACUACAUGGCCUCGCCCGACCUGGAGAUCCAGGAGGUCAAUGCCGCCAACGCCACACAGCCCAUUCAUAUGGUCUACGUCCCCUCCCACCUCUACCACAUGCUCUUCGAACUCUUCAAGAAUGCCAUGCGGGCCACUGUGGAGAGCCACGAGUCCAGCCUGGUUCUCCCCCCUGUCAAGGUCAUGGUGGCCUUGGGUGAGGAAGAUCUGUCCAUCAAAAUGAGUGACCGAGGUGGGGGUGUCCCUUUGAGGAAGAUCGAGCGCCUCUUCAGCUACAUGUACUCCACAGCCCCCACCCCCCAGCCCGGCACCGGGGGCACCCCGCUGGGGCCAAGCACGGGUCCCCCCAUCACAUCGUCCUCCUGCCCCCGCAGGCUGGCUUCGGUUAUGGGCUGCCCAUUUCCCGCCUCUACGCCAAGUACUUCCAGGGGGACCUGCAGCUCUUCUCCAUGGAGGGCUUCGGGACGGACGCUGUCAUCUAUCUCAAGGCCCUGUCCACAGACUCGGUUGAGCGCCUGCCUGUCUACAACAAGUCCGCCUGGCGCCACUACCAGACCAUCCAGGAGGCCGGCGACUGGUGCGUGCCCAGCACGGAGCCCAAGAACACGUCCACGUACCGGGUCAGCUAGGGGCCCCCCCGUGCCUGCACACAAGAGGAUGGACUGCUGCCUCUGGGGCCGGCCACCAUGGGGACCCCCCUCAGCAGGCGGAGGUGGGGGGUCUUCCUGAUGACCAGGUUCUGUCCAUGGCAGUCACUGCAGUGGCCGGUCUGUGGUGGUCCCUAAGUGCCAAUCUGUCUCCAUGGAGAUGCCUAGGUGGUCUCCCUGGGGUCCAGUCUUUGUGGGCGACGCCUGAGGGCUGGGGCUCAUGGCUUCACCCUGACGGGCUGUCCCGACACCCUGUCCCAUGGUGGUCGCCCUCCCGGCAGCGGCCCGGGACCCCCACCACCCCGACUGCCUGCCACAGCCCUGGUCUUCCAAGCGGAUGCCUUGCUUGCCUUAUUCUGCACCACUGGGGCACACUGCCUGGCUGCUGUCAGUGCCAGGAGGGCCCCGGUGCCCCCAGAUCCGGGAGUGGGUGGGAAAGGGGGUGCACCCUUGGGCCCGGGCUGGGGUCCUGGUCUUGGAGUUCCUCCCACCACUGGGCAUUAAGGUCAAGGUUGGUAGGAGCAAUGGACACAGCUCUCACCAAGCUCACCCCUAAAGGGGAGGAACCCAAAAGACCCAAAGGUCACCUGCCCACCCAAGGACCCUCAGCGAUCUUGGCCAUGGUGGCAGCGCCUCCCACGCCCUUGCCCAGCAUGCCUGCACGUGCAUGGCCCGACCUGCCACCACACACCUGCUGUGUGCCUGAGCUCCAGACCCCAGCGCCCACUGUGCCGACCCUGUGCCUGGUGCCCCCACCCCUAUGUUCUCUACAUAGCUACUUUUGUAACCCGGAUGCCCCCGCCCUUCCCCUCAGCACACAGGAGGUUAAAGCUGUGUGCUCCUCCCAGUGGCUGUGACAGUGACAUCCACAGUAAAGAGAUCAAAUGACA